AUGUGUAUUCGUCCUAGCACUCAAGCCCUAUCACAAGAACCACCUUCUCCUUCUUCACCCAAACGAACUAACUCAGAACCUCAACCUGAACCUAUAAACUCCGAACCUCAACCUGAACCUAUAAACUCCGAACCUCAACCUGAACCUAUAAACUCCGAACCUGCUUCAGAGUCUCGCAAAAGAGCAAUGCCAGAACCCUGCACUCCCGAACCAAAUCCCAAACCUCACCACGAACCGAAACGUCACGGUUUCUCUUCUGGUUCUACUCCACCACCACCGCCGCCGCCGCCGCCGCUGAUCCCCGUCGAAUUCACAGAUGCUUUCGUGGAGGAUUUGUUCAAGUAUCUUCCGAUGCCGGUGGAAGAACUGAACCGUCUAAGUCCUUCUAGGUCUACUCUUCCACCAGCAUCACCACCAACCGUUUUCGGCGAGGAUUUAUUCAAGUUUCUUCCGUCGACUUCGUAUGAUGAACCGGUACCGCUGAACACGAUCUUUCCUCUUACUGAGGAAAAUGCUCCGGAUCUUGGAUUUCUUGAAAAAGAUUGGACUCCUCCAGUUCCGACCAAUAUUGAUGAAAGAAUCUCCGCUCUUGCCGAUCCUAUCGAUCCCGCUGAAGUUAUCGAUGAACAGUACCCUAAUCGCUGGGAUCAUGAAGUGAAUCUUCGUCGCCGUAAAAUUUCUGCCGCCAUGUCCCCUUCAAUGAGUUACGUUCCCGUUGAUCAUGCCGGUAAUACUGAUAUACCAGUUCCGACACCUUUAUCAGUGGGAGCUGGAAUUGAGAAUCUGAGAAACACUUGUUUUAUGGCUGCGAUUCUUCAGUGCUUAACACAUACUGGACAAAUGUUAACUGGCCUUCGUUAUUGCUUUCAUGCUUCUCCAUGUCAUCUACGUGGUUUCUGCGUUAUUUGUGCUUUCCGCAACCACAAUGACCAAGCUUUACAUCCUUCUCGAAACACAAUUCGUCCAACACUGUUUCUUCUUAAUGUGAACCAUUUUUCAGAUAAUUUUGUAGCGCAUAGCCAGGAGGAUGCUCAUGAGUUUAUGAUAUGUGCCUUGAAUAAACUAAAAAGUGCCUUUCCAGAACAAGGUCGACAUAAUCUAAUUGAACAAAUAUUUGGAGGCAAAACUGUUAGCCAACUUCGAUGUCGCAGCUGUGGUUUCUCUUCUGAUACCAUUGAGCCAAUACUUGACUUGGGUUUAGCUGUAGAUAACGAGAUUACCGUUCAAAGGGCUCUGGAUUCUUAUAUCAUGGUAGAAAAUAUGGAUGGGAUGUUUAAAUGUAGUAGCUGCGACCAAGAAGUAUACAUGGAGAAACAGCUUUUGAUUGAUAAGGCACCAGAAAUUGCAGUACUACAUUUGAAAAGGUUUAAAAAAGACAGAAGCACUUAUGAAAAGAUUGAAAAUCAUGUUUAUUUCACUCCGAAGUUGGAUUUGGAGCCUUAUACAUCUGCUAAAGGCAGGGAAGAUCCGAUUUUGAUGUAUGAUCUAUACGCGGUUGUUGUGCAUAGCGGAUCCACAGCUAAUUCAGGGCAUUACUUUAGCUAUGUGCGUUCUGAUGAAGACACAUGGCAUUUGAUGGAUGACGCUCAGGUUUUUGGUGUUUCUGAAGAACAUGUCCUGGCUCAGCAGGCAUACAUGCUGUUUUAUGCAAAACAAGGUACAGCCUGGUUCUCUAGUAUUUUGGAAACUGAAGAGAGAGCUGUGAGAUCAGUAUCCACAGACAACACACAGGGUUUUGGUAGUGGAGAAAAUGGUUUUAGUGAUUAUAAGGAGGAAACUGAUAAUGAUUCGCCACAUGCUAAUGAUGACGAUUUGAUGUGGGCAAAUGAUAGCGAUUCGACGUAUGGAAUUGAUACUGAUUCGCCCGAUGGGAAAGAGAAGACUGCGAGUGACAUGGAAGAAGAAGAAGAAUGUGAUUCGGCGGGUGUAAAUGAUAAGGAUUCCAAGGAUGCAGAUGAUAAGGAUUCCAAGGAUGCAGAUGAUAAUGAUUCCAAGGUUACAGAUGAUAAUGAUUCCAAGGUUACAGAUGAGAAGUCUGGGAGUGGUGUGGAUGGAGAAGAAUGUGAUUUGGCAGAUGCAAAUGAUGAUAAUGAUUCCAAGGAUGCAGAUGAUAAUGAUUCCAAGGUUACAAAUGAGAAGUCUGGGAGUCACAUGGAUGUAGAAGAAUGUGAUUUGGCAGAAGCAAAUGAUAAGGAUUCCAAGGAUGCAAAUGAUAAUGAUUUGAAGGAUGCAAAUGAGAAGUCUGUGACUGGCAUGGAUGGAGCUGAUGGUAAUGAUUCUAAGGAUGCAAAUGAUAAUGAUUCCAAGGUUACAAAUGAGAAGUCUGCGAGUCCCAUGGAUGUAGAAGAAUGUGAUUUGGCGGAUGCAAAUGAUAAGGAUUCCAAGGAUGCAAAUGUGAAAUCAGUGAGUGGCAUGGAUGUAGAAGAAUGUGAUUUGGCAGAUGCAAAUGAUAAUGAUUUGAAGGAUGCAAAUGAGAAGUCUGUGACUGGCAUGGAUGGAGCUGAUGGUAAUGAUUCUAAUGAUGCAAAUGAUAAGGAUUCCAAGGAUGCAAAUGAAAAGUCUGUGAGUCGCAUGGAUGUAGAAGAAUGUGAUUUGGCGGAUGCAAAUGAUAAGGAUUCCAAGGAUGCAAAUGUGAAGUCUGUGAGUGGCAUGGGUGUAGAAGAAUGUGAUUUGGCGGAUGCAAAUGAUAAGGAUUCCAAGGAUGCAAAUAUGAAGUCUGUGAGUGGCAUGGAUGUAGAAGAAUGUAAUUUGGCGGAUGCAAAUGAUAAUGAUUCAAAGGAUGCAAAUGAGAAGUCUCUGACUGGCAUGGAUGAAGCUGAUGGUAAUGAUUAUAAGUAUGCAAAUGAUAAUGAUUCCAAGGUUACAAAUGAGAAGUCUGCGAGUCCCAUGGAUGUAGAAGAAUGUGAUUUGGCGGAUGCAAAUGAUAAGGAUUCCAAGGAUGCAAAUGUGAAGUCUGUGAGUGGCAUGGGUGUAGAAGAAUGUGAUUUGGCGGAUGCAAAUGAUAAUGAUUCCAAGGAUGCAAAUGAGAAGUCUGUGACUAGCAUGGAUGGAGCUGAUGGUAAUGAUUCUAAGGAUGCAAAUGAUAAUGAUUCUAAGGAUGCAAAUGAUAAUGAUUCUAAGGAUGCAAAUGAGAAGUCUGUGAGUGGCAUGGAUGGAGAAGAAUGUGAUUUGGCGGAUGCAAAUGAUAAUGAUUCCAAGGUUGCAAAUGAUGAUAAUGGUUCCAAGGUUGCAAAUGAUGAUAAUGAUUCCAAGGUUGCAAAUGAUGAUAAUGAUUCCAAGGUUGCAAAUGAGAGGCUUGGGAGUGACAUGGAUGAAGACGAUGUGUGA